CGGGAAAAUGAAUUUCUCGAGAAAAUGAAUUUCUCGAAAUCAGCUGUAAACACAACUGAUUGAGUCAGUGCGAUGGUUGUAGGCAUGCGUUUGUAGAUAUUGCAAUAGCUAUAUACUCAUGGAGAUAGCUAUAUAACAUAUAUCAAUAUACAGAAAUACUUGGCUUGCGAAAGAAGUGGGAUUUAACAACCAAAAUACAAACACGAUGCAUUUGUAGGUUCCAUACCUGUUCACACAUCCCUAAAUACACACAUACAUACACACACACACUCGUAUACCUACCCUUUAUAUAUAAACUUGGAUUUUAGGAAAAUAAGAGUGGAUAAACAGCUACAAAAAUGGAUGAGUUUGAAUUAAUGUACGCCGACGAAAUGGAAGCGAUGGACGAUUUAGAAGUUCCAGAAAUAACGGCUCCUGCUUCCAGGCGUUCUUUAAACUUCAAUUCUGGUGGGACACAGAAGAAUAAAGAAAUUCGCCCAGACAAAGCUUUGAAUUUGAGUUCUGAGUUUACCGAAAUUGAUCCUUUCUCUCCAGAUAAGAUAAUUAACGAGCAGCUAAGGAAUGGGCAAUCGAAGCGUCUGCUGGAAUUUCCAUCCGAGGGUGAGAUGGAAGAGAUUUUGGCUGCUGGCGCUGAGCAGUCUGAAAACGGUAAAGCAACUUCAUCAAAUAAUGCUGUUCCUUCUGCUAAAAGACAGAAACGAAUGCCAGACACAACGUCUGGAAACUUUGAUGUGGAACCAACGAUUCGGCACGAUGUUCUUGAUGACGACCUUUGCACAGAAAUAGAAACUUUACGACGAAUGGCAAGGAAUUCUCAGGAAUAUCAACAAACACAAAGUCAAGAUGCCAAGAAACAGAGGCAGCGCGUCAGUUUCUCCAUUCCAAAGACUAAUUUCUUCAGUGUCACAUCUUCUGAUGGCACUCGAGCUUACAUGAAGAUGAGGAGCUGUGAAACUCUUGAAGCAGAGGCUGCAAGAGUUAUCAACACCAAGAAUUCUCUGCAACUCCUUGAUGAACCAUUCUCGUUACUGAUGGAGAAAAUUGCUCUGGAGAAAGCCAUAAAAAUUUCAGAAGAAAUCAAUAAUUUAGACUCAGCUACGGAAGGUGGUUCAGUCGGUAGUGGACGGACGCAUCCAGAUGCAGAGGGUGUCCCUGGGGAAGAAAUGGAUGCACAGUCAGUACGUAUGGAUGACAUCUACUGUGAAGAGCGGCCAGCAACAGCAGGGAAUGAAGACAAUUUGUGGGUGGACAAAUAUGCCCCAAGGUCUUACGCAGAGUUGCUCAGUGAAGAGAAUAUCAACCGUUCCUUGUUGCAUUGGUUGAAAUUAUGGGACCACGUUGUGUUUAACAAACCGAUCAAAAUGAACCGAAAGAAGGCUGAUGUUAAGACAAAUGUCCAGUUUAGCAAGAAGAAACAACAGCAAAUGGUCAGCGAAGAAUUGGACAAACAGAAUCGUCCACUUCAGAAGAUUGUUUUGUUGAAUGGUGCCCCUGGUCUGGGAAAGACAACAUUGGCCCACGUCAUUGCUAAACAUGCAGGCUACAAUGUAGUGGAGAUGAAUGCCAGUGAUGACCGCAGUGAAGAAGUGGUGAAGACAAAGAUAGAAUCUGCAAUUUUGAUGAAAUCAGUGGUUGAAAGUGACCCGCGCCCCAAUUGUCUUAUCAUUGAUGAAAUAGAUGGAGCCCCACAGGCAGCCAUCAAUGUCCUCCUGCAAUUGGCCAAAGAGGGACAAACAGGAAAAAAGAAAGAAAAAGGAUUGUUACUUCGACCGAUCAUUUGUAUUUGUAAUGACAUGUAUGUGCCAGCACUCCGACAGCUGCGACCAGUUGCCCUUGUCUUCACCUUUCCUCCUACGGACUCUGCUAGGUUGGCAGGACGACUUUAUCAGGUUUCGAGAUGGGAAACAUUGAAAGCUGAGAUGAACGCGCUAAUGGCGCUCUGUGAGAAGACUGACAACGAUAUUCGGUCUUGUCUGAAUACCUUGCAGUUUGUACAACGCCAGAAACAAGAGUUCAAUCUACGUCUGGUCAAUAGUAUGCACAUUGGUCAGAAAGAUGUCCAACGCAGCUUAUUCAGUGUUUGGUACGAUGUCUUCAGGAUGCCACGGCUUAAGAAGAGUAAAUAUCUGACCGUUCAAGACCUGCAGACUUUGGCCACUAAUGUCCAGCCCAAUACAACACCAACUGCCCGGUUCCAGAACAUUCUGCAGUCCACUUUUGCUGCUGGGGAAUUCGACAAGAUAUUACACGGCCUCUUUCAAAAUUACCUUGAAGUCAAGUUUAAGGAUCCGAAAAUGGGAGGGAUUAACAUGGCUCUUGAUUGGUUGGGUUUUGUCGACGAGAUUAACUGCUACAUUUAUUCGAACCAAGAUUAUACGAUGAUGCAGUACCGUCCCUACCUGUGCGUUGUGUUUCACUUCAUGUUUGCCUCAAACACACACCCCAAAAUACUCUACCCUCAUCAAAACACCGAGAUGUUAUUCAAGAAAACCCGUACUGAAAACCUGAUCAGUUCCCUUUUAUCCGACGUCCACCCGUCCGUCCGCAAAUAUCUCCACUUCAGUUCCAUUAUCCAGGAAGUUAUCCAACCUUUAAUGUCCAUCCUUCAGCCGGCACUCAGACCCGUGAACAUGCAGCUGUACAGCAACCGGGAAAAGGAAUGCCUGAGGCAACUCAUCACCACCAUGAUAGCUUACAACAUGACCUACCAGCAGGAGAAAUCAGCCGAUGGCCAGUACAACUAUGUCCUGGAACCUAACAUUGAAGAGGUUGUCAAGUUCCCUGGGAUGAAACAACAGAAGCAGUUGACUUAUGCAACGAAACAAAUGAUUGCUCGGGAGAUUGCAGCAGAGAAGAUGAGGAUGGCUGACAAGUCCUCUUCUGUACAGAUAAGAAAUGAAAACAGUACAACUACGACCACCACCACAACUGAUGUCAUACCAAACCAUAAACAGAAGUUAGUACCACAAUCAGUCGGCUUCAAGGAGCAUACGGAGCGGGAUUUCUUUGGCCGUAUCAUUAAGCAACCAGUCUCCUCCUCUCAAGUGGACCCUAAUUAUGUUGCGAAAGAAAAGAACCCACUGAGGAAAGUGAUUUGGUUUCGAUUCAAAGAAGGUUUUUCAAAUGCCAUACGACGCAAAGUGAAAGUGCAGGACUUCUUAUGAAGAUGCUUUUGUAUAUACAUGCAGUGCUCCAGCAUGACCACAGCCUCAAGGCUGAAACAUAUAAAAGAAUAUAUAUAUAUAUAUUCAUAUGUUCAUAUGUAGCUCAAUGAAUGCAGGAAAACUGAAAUUUGUUCAGCUGCAUAGGGUGUCGCCUUGGCCAAGUUGUGGCAGUUUUGACACUUUUUAUUUUUUCAUUGUUUCUUUUUCUGUUUUUGUUAAUAUCAUGGCAGUAAUUGAUGUAUCAUUGUAUGGAACUGUUCAGACCCCCCCCCGCCUACCUCACAUUUACAAUCAAUCAAUACCAUACAGUUCAAUACUGUAUUGUCUCUUUCUCUAUAUUUCUCCAAUAGUUUUCUCUAACACCAGUUAUAAUUUCACUGAUUAUAUGCCUGAACCCUAAUUAAAUGAGAUCUACCAAAAGGAUCCAAAAGGUCCUACCUGAGCUAUAGACUCAUAGGGCUGGUUCUUGGGUCUUGUGGCAUCCUUGGAUGGGACGCUAGUCUGUUGCAGGAUUGUUCAUUUUUGCCAACUUACUUGACUGGAGCAACAUGAAAUGAAGUGUCUUGCUCAAGGACACAAUGAAACACUCAGGCCAGGAAUCAAAGCCACAUUCUUUCAAUUGUAAGUCCAACUACAAAGCCAUGAGCUUCGACUAAUGUAAUCUAUAUAUAUAUAUAUAGGCACAGGAGUGGCUGUGUGGUAAGUAGCUUGUUUACCAACCACAUGCUUCCGGGUUCAGUCCCACUGCAUGGCAUCUUGGGCGGGUGUCUUCUACU